UCGAGAGCUGACAGCCCCCCCACUGCACUUGCCAUGCUUGUCUCUCCUUGUCACUGUGUGUGUAAUGUGUAGUGUGUGAGAGAGAAACUAACUCCCACACCCAGAAAAUUGAUUUUUAUAUUAAAAAUCAAGAAAAACCAAUCUUUAAUUCUGGAUUAACUAAUUUACCAAAACCACCAAAUCCCUCUCUCUCUCUCUCUUCACUUUCUCUCUCAUCACACUAGAUUUCUUUAAUUAAUUUAAUUGCAAAAGAGGGAAAAUAUAUACACUAACACCAUCAUUCCACUCUGUUUCAAGUGUUGCUUUGUUGAUCCGGUUCCCCUCAUGCUUGACAUCAAAGCUCUCCUUCAAUCAUUUUCAUACCCUCUCACUCAUAAAUUUCAAGAUUUAGGUUGUUCCUCGUUCUUGAAAAUCAUGCUCUUUUCGUCGCAGGUUUCAAGAAACUUCCUCGGAUAUAUUGGUAAUUAAAAAUCCUGUCUUUAUGCUUCUUUUUUGAUCUUCUACAUCUUUAAUCUAAAGGGUUCCCUUUGUUUUUUCCUUCCUUUGCAGAAAUUUGUUAGCUGUUAGCUGUUUUCUCCAGAUUGGAAAGAAGGCAAAUUUGUGUCUGAAAUUACGGUUCUGCCACAGGGCAUUUUCUGGUUUGCUGUAUUUGAAUUUUGAUGAGUUGCUGAGUGAUUAUACUGUUCAUGGGAGAAAAUAGGUUUCUGAUUUUAAUUUAGACAUCUUUGUCUGCAAACCAGAAAAGGGGUUUUUUUUUUUUUUUUUUUUUGAAAUUAAAGUUUGGAUCUUUCUUGAAAAAAAUGGCUGAAAUUAGGGUUUCAAGAUUAGAACAGGGGCAAACAAAAUUCAAGACUGUCCCAAUUGCUGUAACACCAGAAGGAUUCUGGUGUUGCCCUUCACCCACUGUCUUCCACAAGACAAUCAAAACACAGCAAAACCCUAUAUUAAGCAAGCCCAAAUCAUCUCUUCCUACACAAACCACUCUAGUUGAGAAAAAACAAACCCCGGUUACCACCGAAAAAAAGCCUAGUUCUAAUUCCACCUCAUCUAGAACAGACAGUCUUACCCCUGAGCAAAGAACCCACUCUUCCGAUGAACCGGUUGUUAAUCCACCGUUGACAAACGAGAAGCAACCUCGAUCGAAACCCGAAAACGCCCCCCCUAGAAAGGUGUCGAUCGAGUUUGGCGAAGCUAAAACGAGUGAUCUGAAGGUCAUUUUGCUCGGGAAGCAGGGAUUGGCUGUGAAGUUGAGUGUUCAUAGGAGUGUGUUGGUGGAGAACAGCGAUUUUUUCGCUCGCAAAAUAUCGGGGCAACAGCCGAUUUUCCCUUGUCUUGAAAUAGACAACUGCGAGGAUGUUGAGAUAUAUGUGGAAACUAUUGGACUAAUGUAUUGUAAGGAAUUGAAGCAACGGUUGAUCAAGCAGAGCGUUUCGCGCGUGCUUCGAAUCCUCAAGGCUGGCGAACAACUUGGUUUCACGAGGUGCGUCCAAUCGUGCUUGGAGUACUUGGAAGCAGUCCCGUGGGUAGGUGAAGACGAAGAGGAUAAAGUAGUUUCUCUCGUCUCACAUCUCGAAGGCGAGGGCAUAAAAGUCAAACCGGUCCUAAAAAGGGUCUCCCCCGAUAUUUCUUCGAACCCGCCCAACGACACAUUCUCCCACAUACUCGAGUUAGUCCUCAAGAGCAAAGACGAAAAAGCCCGGCGCGAAAUGAAAUCCAUCGUACUUAAACUCCUCCGAGAAAAUAAUAACAAUAAUAAUCUUCCUAGUACUUCUUCAACCUCAUCGGACUCGUGUAGUGAAACUAUAUAUAGUUCGUGCAGGAUCUCUCUAGAUUCUUUGCUGUCGUUUUUCAGACAAGCCGAUCAAGAAGUCGAAAAAAUAAAAUUGUUGGAAAAACCGAUAGCGCUGGAGGCGGAUAAUCUACUAUGGUUGCUCGAUAUUCUAUUAGAUAGACAAGCGGCGGACGAGUUUGCGGUGAUUUGGGUGAGUCAGCAAGAAUUGGCAUCGAUCCACAAGAAGCUUCCGGUAGUUUCCAGGCGCCACAUCAGCGUGAUUACGGCGAGGCUGUUUGUUGGGAUAGGGAGAGGGGAGAUUCUUCCGAAUAAGGAGACGCGUUAUUUGUUGAUCAAGAUUUGGUUGGAGGCGUUGAUCGAGGAUUACAGGUGGCUGCAGCAUGGAUGUGGACCGUUCGAUCGGAAAGUUGUGGAGGAAGGGAUCGGACGGACGAUAUUGACUUUGCCGUUGGAGGAUCAACGGAGUGUUUUGAUUUCUUGGUUGGGGAGUUUUUUGAGGGCCGGGGACGAUUGUCCGAAUCUUCGAGGGGCGUUUGAGGUGUGGUGGAGGAGGACUUUUGUUAGGCCGUUUGGUGCCGCCGGAGAAAUGGGAAUAUUCCGGCAAGGGGAUAUUCCGGUGGGGUCGGGGGUUGGAGGAGUUGAGGGUGUGUUGGAUUGUGAUUGAUGUGAAAAUUUAUUUUUUCUGUUCAAGAAUUAGUGGUUUUUAUUUUUUUGUAAUUUUUUUUUUUUUGUAUUUUUUUUAUGGAGUGUGAUUUGUUAGUGUUCUUAAUUCAGAGAAGUGUGUAGAAUUUCUGGAUUUUGAUUUGAUUUAGUGGGAUGUGUUUCUGGUUGUAAAGUAUUAGCUCUCACUCCAUUGUCUUGU